AUGGGAAGCGCACCAGCCCAGAUUCCGACUAGCUUCGGCCAUGAGCUUAGGGCUUGUCUUCGUUGCCGACUCGUCAAAACCUAUGACCAGUUCAGGGAUGCUGGUUGCGAGAAUUGUCCUUUCUUCAAGAUGGAAGAGGAUCACGAACGUAUUGUGGAGGUCACCACACCUAAUUUCAAUGGUAUAAUCUCUGUGAUGGAUCCAAGUAGAAGCUGGGCGGCUAGGUGGUUAAGAAUCAGUAAGUUUGCUCCUGGUUGCUACACUCUUGCUGUCUCUGAGCCACUUCCUGAGGAAAUGCAGCACUUAUGCCAAGAAGAGCGUGUACAAUACGUUCCGCCGAAACGCAUGUGA